UUCGUUGAACCGGCAAAGAGUGCAUAUGCCACUAAAGCCAGAAUUCGCCGCACCAUUGAAGCUGAAGGAAUUCCUUACACUUAUGUGUCAAGCAACUUCUUUGCUGCUUACUUCCUACCCUCUUUGUCACAGCCUGGUGGAGCUACAUCUCCCCCAAGAGAUAAAGUUGUUAUCCUUGGAGAUGGAAAUCCCAAAGCUGUUUUUAACAAGGAAGAGGAUAUUGCUACUUAUAUAAUCAAAGCAGUUGAUGAUCCAAGAACAUUGAACAAAAUUCUCUACAUUAGACCUUCAGCUAAUGCUUUGUCUUUUAAUGAUCUGGUAUCUCUCUGGGAGAAUAAGAUUGGUAAAACUCUUGAAAGAAUCUAUGUCCCAGAGGAACAGCUUAUAAAGCAAAUUCAAGAGUCCUCACCUCCCUUAAAUAUGAUCCUGUCAAUUGCUCACUGUGUGUAUGUAAAAGGGGAUCAUACUAACUUUGAAAUUGAGCCAUCAUUUGGAGUAGAAGCUACAACUCUCUAUCCUGAUGUGAAAUACACUACUGUAGAUGAGUUCCUCAAUCAGUUUCUCUGAGAUGCAAACCAUGAUGUGUUUUAUCCUUUUGGUAAAACUGCACUGUCUAAAAUAAAUCAUGUAGUAGUUGCAGCCCCAACUUGCUGGGUUGUGAAUGAAGAAACCUAUGCUAUGCUAUGUUUUAUUAUGAUAAAUUCAGCUAGUUUACAAUAAAUUUCAACCAA